AUGCACCUAUUUUCUUUCCCUGAGCUGCAGAGCCAGUUGGGCUUGCAGGUUCAUGAGAAGGUGACGUAUGCAGGCCGUAUGAAGGCCAAGCAGGCUGAUCUUCGCAGGAAGCUGAGAGAGGGGCUGGAGGAAGAGGACACAGCCCAGCAAGGAGGGGAGGAGAGCAGGCUGGCCGAGCUACAAAACACCCCUGCCAUGAUCAAAGAUUGUAAUAUAGACAAAGAGAGCAUAAAUGAGUUUAUCAACCAGAAAAAGGAGAUGUUUCUGUUGGAGUACUCCCUGGCGGUGAAGCGUGGAGAGAUAGAGCAGCUGGUGAAAGUGGCAGCGGCGGAGGAGAGGAAGCUGACGCACGCCGAGCAGUUCCUAGAGGACGACGCCAUCAUCUUUGACCAAUUCCUUAAAGUGAACAACAAGAACUCUGUGGAGGCCAUCAAAGUUGCUGAGUUGGAGACCAAAGUGAAAAUGGAGAAGAUGUCUGAGAUCAAGAGGAUCACAACCAGGAUGGUGAGCAUUAAGAGUGACAUCUCUAAGUUUGAGGACAUCAUAAAGGAGUUCAAGAUGCACAAGGAGUUCCUCUUCAAGCUGUCCCCUCUAGAGUGGCAAGAGGCACAUGAGGCCAAGGCCAAGACCCUUAAACUCAAGUCUGCCACCAGGUCUGCCACCAAGUCUGCCACCAAGGACAAGCCCAAAGAGAAAGACAAAGAUGAGAGGGCUACUCCGAAAAGACGUACUACUAUGGACCGUAAGGGGUCAUUUGCGGACCGAGAGCUGCCACCGAUCGGGAUGCUAGGAACCCCUCUAGACAGUCGACAGGACGGAGGGACAAAUUUGCUGAAUUCCUGUCUUUUCAGGAACCCUGUGGUAGAGCUGAAGACUGACAGCUCUGAAUAUGAGGAGGACCCGGAGCUGUACUUCAAGGACCCCAGGCAGCUGCUGGAGCUGCUGACAGAGCUGGAAGAGCAGAAUCUCUCUCUGAUCCAGAACUCCAGGGAGACCGAAGACGCCCAGGAGGAGUUCCGACAGGUCAUGGACUACAACCGCAAGAAGAUGGAGGUYGAGACCAACCAGCUGACCCAGCAGAUAGACAUCAUGACCCACACCAUCCAGAGGGAGAGGGAACGGGCUGCCGAGCUGGAGCUGAGGGCCCGCCUCUUCAACUUUGGGAAGUACAAGUCGGACGACCAGGAGGGUAUGUUUGACUCCCUGGGCGUUAAGGUAGAGGAGGUGUACCGGGGCUGCGUGGGCGACAGCGAGGCCAACCUGAGCACGCUGCAGAUGCUGAAGGCCAUCGAGAGCCGCCUGGACGAGCUGCUGGAGAAUGUGGAGAUCGUCCCCAAGGAGCGGCUGGUGCUGGCCGAGAGGGCCAAGGAAAAGGAGAGGAGGUUCAGGCUGCGUGAUGAGAAGAUGCAUCAGGACAAGCAGCACCAGGAAGAGAGGCUAAAGAGGGCCCUGGAGAGAGCCCAGGCUGACGUCAAGAAAACAACUGGCAAGAAACUGAUGGCUAGAUCACAGCGCCCUGCCCGCAAGCUGAAGACCAGCCAGGUGUAUGACAUCUCAGACAAGGAGAAAGAUGAGCAGCUCUACUUCUUCAUGUAAAGGGCCAAGUCACAUCACGGCCCCAUACACCACAACUGACCGGAACUCCUUUCAUCUCUGUUUUGGCCUAUMMUGGGGCUGUGACUGAUUCACUGUAAAUACUGACUUUUUUAAUAAUUGGGUAUGACGGGUAUAAGUAUGGCUUUUACAAUGACCCUAUUGGGCACUGSUAAUGUCACAUGAUGGAAUAGGGGAGCACGUGGACUUUGUUUUGGUGGAGAGGCAGAUGGACAGUGCUCUCCCCACAUAUUUUAUAGAAUUAGAUUAUUUUAACA